AUGGAAGACGGAAAAGCAGAGGGAAAUUAUCUGUUUCCGGUUGAUUUUAACGCUCCCAGUGCUUGGGAAAAUUUUAAGUCGUACACGGAGAAAAAACGAACGGAGUUAAAUCCCUACUUAUUUAUCGUCCCAGCGACGAACGCUAUCACUGUGCCGUAUGAUGUUGUUGCACAGUUUGCUGAAAUGCGGGGUGUAGAAGUUGAAGAUUUAAAAGUAAAAAACGUCGAAGAGAAAGUGCGCCGCGGGAGUGCAGCCGUAUCUCCGCAGAUGUUGCCGGAAUGUGAACCAUCGACCUCACGAGGGUCACGACGCCGCUCAUACGACCAAAUGAAUGUCGAUGUUGAUUUGGACAGUUCAGACUCAUCUCCCGUCCGAGAGCUCCAGCCAAAUCACGGCCCAGGGAUCCGAGGAAUUCAGGACGAUGCUGAAAACGUUAUUGGAUCGCCGUCUACCGGUGACUCCGGGUCUGUCAUACGAGCGACAACUGUGGAUGGCGAUGAAGGAAUUAACUCAGCCCAAAGUGUUAGUGAUGGUGGCGUCGAUGCCGUCAACCUGGGUAAUCACACCGUAAUCAGAACACCGAUAAAAGUGAUGAUGCGAGUUGACCCUCUCCCUCCGAGUCCGGAACACCCAGAUUUAGAGGCUGUUCGGGAAAUGGUGUGUCAAGCUGUUACUGGCUCCCACUCAUCGGCCCUAUCGGAAGCUGUUUUUCAAUGGAAUGCUUGUGAUCUAGAGACUCUUGUCCGCGUUUUCAUUGAAUGUUAUACCGCGCACAGGGUUAAUCUGGAGCUUGGUGGCCGGAUUAAAGUCAGGAGAAAUGAUGCUUGUGAUUUGGGCGGACCCUACAAAGAACUGUUUACCGUCCUGUGGGAAGCAUUCCGCCAUUUUAAACUGGAUGAGCUAGGAUCAACCGUUUUUGAGGAAGCUGGUUGCAAAGUAUUAUUAACGAGUUCAGUUGUUAUGUCCGACGAAGGAAAAAACUUGUUGCGAUGUAUGGGAUUUGCUUUGCGUGAGGCGAUUCUUCGUUACGCACCAUCUCCAGUGUGGCUGAAUAAUUCGGUUUUUCGUGCACUGUUGGGUUUACCAGUGGAAUUGAAUGAUAUCCACGAUUUCAAAAAGAGCGUCGGAGAGAUGAUAAGCCAUAUCCUUAUGGGCAGUGGAGAUAUUGUGAUUACUCAAGUACCUUUUUUCGUGGAAUGGUCAGAAUUAAACCCAUCGUUUAACAUUUCCGGUAUGGCGAAGCUGGAAAGAGAAACAUUUUGUCGUCACCUGGCGCAGUAUGAGUUGGUUGAAAAAAGAGCAGCAAAUGUCAAGUACGUUCUGGAAGGAAUGCUGUCCGGUAGCAUGGAACGGGAAAUACGCCGGCUGAUCUCUUAUUGGAAGGAUCUCGAAGAAUCAUUUUUUUGGGCGGUUACAUCUGCCCAUGAUCUGCUGAGCAAGAUUGAGCCACCAAACUUUGGAUCUGGCAUUUGGAAAUUCAGUAAGGAAAUCGUCUUCGAAUGGUUCGAAAGUCUCGUCUCCAACGAUUUGUCCUGUGUUGAACGUCAGCACUUAUUGCGUUUCAUUACGGCUUCUAUUUGUGCCCCGAGAACACCAAUCCGUAUAGAAUUCAGCCCCGAAUUGGAUGCAGACUGGUUGCCAACAGCUUGCACAUGUUUUAAUCGUCUUACAUUGCCAACCGGCUGUUCAUCUCAAGAAAAAUUGCUUGCUGGUAUUCGCCAAUGUAUUGCAAGUGUUGCGGUUGUUUCUGUGGAGCAAGGUUCUUUUCAGUUUAACUAAGUGACGUGACGGGUGGUGUAUGGAUGGAGAAUCGUGAAUCAACGGAGCCGACUGUACAUGAAGAAUCUGCAUUUUCUACUUGAAAUUAUCGGUUCUGCUUUCGUUUAAUCCUUUUGUUAGAAUUCAGGAUAAACCGCAUUUGAUAGAAAAAUAUGGAUUUGCGAAAGCGGUUUACGGCGAUUUGUUAAUGAUAUCAAAAUUACAGUUGAUGUGAAAUCUGCAGUAAAAAAU